AUGUCUCGCAGCUGUACAGUUGGCCUCGAUACAGGACAGCUCUUGGAGCAGUACAGUUGGCCUCCAUACAGGUAUGACAUUCCCUAUAACCCUCCACCUUUAGUACAUGACUGCUCUCGAAGCUGUACAGUUGGCCUCCAUACAGGAAUGACAUUCCCUAAAACCCACCACCUCGAGUACAUGACUGCUCUCGAAGCUGUACAGUUGGCCUCCAUACAGUUGGCCUCUAUACAGUUGGCCUCAAUACAGCAUCGUAGCCCCGACUACACAGUGCCCUGUAGGAAAACAGUGAGGACUUGUAUCCAGCGACGCUAUGACGUGGAGCGUGAGGCGCUGAUGUCACAAUUAGAAAGCGUCCCGUCCGUGUCUAUCACUACGGAUACCUGGACCUCCAACUCUACCGAGAGUUUCAUCACCGUCACUGAACACCAUAUGACCGACGCAUGGGACCUCAAGUCAAACGUCCUCAUCACGCGUGCCAUGCCUGAACGUCACACUGUGGAGAACCUUGCUCAUCGCCUUAAGGACUGCGUGACCGAAUUUAGUUUGGACGGUAAAGUGGACACGUGUGUGCAUGACAAUGCGAGAAACAUCGAGUGUGCUGCAAGUUUGUGUGAGGAUUGGGGCGAUCUGGGUUGUUUCGCCCAUACUGUACAACUGACAUUGAAGCCUGCGAUGGAAUUGCCGUUGAACGUCCCUCAACACACUCUUAUCCAGGAUGUCCCUAGUCGGUGGAACUCCACCUAUCUGAUGAUGGAACGCCUGGUAGAGCAGCAGCGCGUUCUUUCUGACAUCAUGCUUGAUCCAAAGUUAACAAAGAAGCAAGACGCCGCACUCAAUUUGAGGGAGUCGCAUUGGGACAUUAUUAAAGAGUUGUGUGUUAUUCUAAAGCCGUUAGCGGAUACGACGGCAUACAUGAGUACAGAGAGUCACGUGUCUGUGUCGGAAAUAUAUCCGAUCGUUUGUGGAUUGGUCACCAAGAGCCUUGUAUCUUGCUCAACGGACAGUUCCAUCGCUCAUCGAGUGAAAAAGGCGAUUCGUGAUGAUUUGGUCCAUCGCUACCAGCCAGAAUCGGAAGAAGCAGCAAGGUCAACGGCUGCAUUGGGUGCCCUAUCGGACCCGCAUUAUAAAAAACUGGCGUUCUUCUCGUCCAAACAACGGAACAUUACUCAGGAUACGUUGGAGUCGCGCAUGGACGAUUUGCCCCUUAGGUUCACAAUAGAAAAAGGUGACAUUGAGACCCCAUCAAAACGCCGGAAGUUGGACUUCCUGGACUUUGGCUCACCGGAGAGUACGCUGGAGGAUGAGCUUCAGUGCUAUGUCAACAAGAAGUCCGUUGGCAUGGAUCCUCAGCAGUGGUGGCGGGAGAACGAGGAACGAUUCCCAAAGGUGGCAGUGGUAGCCCGACGUGUACUCUCGGUGCCCGCGACGCCAGUGCCAUCCGAAAGGUUGUUUUGUUCAACCGGCUUACUGCUUAGUAAGUUGAGAAACAGACUCUCAAGUUGCAUCGUGGAUGCCAUCGUGUUUCUAAACAAAAAUCGUGUGAAUGUCUGUGACGUUGACGAGAAUGAAGCGUAG